CCCAGCGACAGCCCCAUCAGCGCGUUUGCAGCUGGACUCUCUCCACUCCCCGUCACAAGCCGAGCCGACUCCCUCCUCACCAGUCGAGCCAAUGAGUUUCGUCGCUGUGUAAUGGGAUCGGACCGAACAAGUGUUUUCGGGAGUGGAGAACAAGGACAGGGAUCUGAUCUAGACUCAUAAAAGCACAGCCACUUCAUGUCCUGUCUCCUGUCAUUACCAAGAAGCCUGUUUCCCGCGAGCGCGUCACAUCGUUGCUGAGGUCCCUCGGUUCAGCUCGACAGCCUCCCACGCCCCUGGAGCCACACCGACAGCCUCACGUCGCACUCUUUUGCUGGUUGGCAGCUCCUCGUGCCCUGAGCCAGGAUGAAUGACAUUCAGGAAGCCACCUCCCCGGCAACCAGCCUCAGCGGUCCAGCUACCUGUGUCACCAAAGUAGAGCUACGGGUGUCUUGCAAAGCUCUGCUGGAUCGGGACACGCUGAAUAAGUCGGACCCCUGUGUCAUACUCAUGGUACAGACCAAUGGACAGUGGACAGAGCUUGACAGAACAGAAGUGAUCAAGAGCAACUUGCACCCAGUCUUCGCCAAGGUUUUCUCCCUGGACUACUACUUUGAGGAGGUGCAGAAGCUGCGGUUCGAGGUCUACGACAUCCACGGCACGCACAGCAUCGGGACCCGUGACGAUGACUUCCUGGGCGGGGUGGAGUGCACGCUUGGCCAGAUCGUGGCCCAGAAGAAGAUGGUGAAGCCUCUGUUGUUGAAGUAUGGCAAAUAUGCGGGCAAAUCCACCAUCACGGUGCAUGCUGAAGAAAUCUCUGGCAACAAUGGCUACGUGGAGCUCUUCUUCUGUGCCAAGAAGCUCGACGAUAAGGACCUCUUCAGCAAGUCAGACCCAUUCUUGGAAAUCUACCGAAUCAACGACGAUGAAACAGAGCAGCUUGUGCACAGAACUGAGGUGAUUAAAAACAACCUGAACCCUGUGUGGGAGCCCUUCAAAGUGUCACUCAUAUCCCUGUGCAGCUGCGAUGAAGACCGGAAGCUCAAGUGCCUCGUGUGGGAUUAUGACUCCAGGGGCAAGCAUGACUUCAUCGGCGAGUUCUACGCCACUUUCAGGGAGAUGCAGAAAAUUUCCAGUGGAAAUAAGGUGACGUGGGAUUGUGUGAAUCCCAAGUACAAACAGAAGAAGAGAAACUAUAAAAAUUCCGGAGUCGUCAUCCUCAACGACCUGAAGCUCCACAGAGUCUACUCCUUCUUGGAUUACAUCAUGGGAGGGUGCCAGAUUCACUUUACGGUUGCCAUUGAUUUCACAGCCUCCAAUGGGGACCCCAGGAACAGCUGCUCGUUGCACUACAUCAACCCUUACCAGCCAAAUGAGUACUUGAAGGCUCUGAUAGCAGUGGGGGAGAUCUGUCAAGACUAUGACAGUGACAAAAGAUUUUCAGCUUUGGGAUUUGGUGCCAGAAUCCCUCCAAAUUAUGAGGUAUCGCACGACUUUGCCAUUAAUUUCAACCCAGAUGAUGAUGAAUGUGAAGGUAUCCAAGGAGUGGUGGAGGCGUACCAGAAUUGCCUUCCUAAGAUCCAGCUGUACGGCCCGACCAACGUGGCUCCCAUCAUUAACAGGAUAGCCAAGCUGGCAGCAGGCGACGGCAACAUUAAAGACGCGUCUCGAUACCACAUCCUGCUCAUCCUCACGGACGGCGUGGUGACGGACAUGGCAGACACGCGCGAAGCCAUUGUGCGAGCCUCCUACCAGCCGCUCUCUAUAAUUAUUGUUGGUGUAGGCAAUGCAGACUUCACAGACAUGCAGAUUUUGGACGGGGAUGACGGAGUGCUGCGCUCACCGAAGGGCGAGCCGGUCCUCCGGGACAUCGUGCAGUUUGUGCCCUUCAGAGACUUCAAAACGGCUUCACCUGCAGCUCUGGCUAAAUGUGUUCUGGCAGAGGUGCCCAAGCAAGUAGUGGAGUACUACAGCCACAAGGCCAUCUCCCCCAUGUGUCCUUUAAGGGAUUUACCCACGCCCAUCCUCACCCCGGUCGCCACCACCCCGACAGAAUAACUAAGCACCUGCUCCUGACACCAGGCCGCGACCACAUCGACCAUCGAACUGAGAGGGAGAGGAUCAAUGCCUCGCUACUUUGGACAAGAACCGGGGAGAAAGUCUUUCUAAGUGUGCUGUUACUCGUUUGAUUCAUAUUCUCUAAUAGCAGAGCAUCUACACAGGGACGGUGCAUCAAAGAUGGCUUUUGUUUCUCUGCUCAUUGUGGACCCAGCGUUUCGACCUGGCCGUGUAACCAUCCAGCUGCGGCUGCUCAUGAAUCCUGGAGGAUGGUCAUGUUUUCCUUCUUUUUAAUGCAUGCAGGCCAGUCUGUCAGAGCUGACCCAUUGAUCGCAUGCAGCUUUAUCAGCCCUUAAGCACCUCAGUUGUUUGUAUUACAUAGCUUCCUAAUGUCAUAGAACUUGGAGGAUGUACAGUGUGUCACAAUGUAAAUUUGACUGCCCAAAUUAAAGAUGUCGGCGAUAUUUAAUCGAUGUUAUAAAUGAACGAAAAGAAAAAUAAACAUCAAAUGCAAGGCCAUGUGACCUAUAGUUACACUGAUCUUAACUUUAUCGUCUCUCUGGCUCCGAGACAGAGCUUCAUUUUAAAUGCAGACAAUAUUUGCAGAACCUAAAAUCCAUUUACCAAAAGGCAAUCAAUAAAUAAUGUGUUUCUAGGGAAAUAAACACCUACACAAUCAAUUCCUUUUGGAUUUCCUCACGUGUUGCCAGUGUGCUCUGUAAAACCUUGGCUGUCUGUGAACUGCCCAUCAUUGUUGUUGUCAUUGCAGGCAGUGAUGAUGUAGGUAGCAUUUUUUACACAUCUGAGUUUUCCUUAAUAUAUAUUCUUUUUAUUAUGCCACAUCUUCCUAUUAUCGAGUUUUCGACGUGUAGCCUAAACUUCAUUCAUGUUGAUCCUGCACACACGCAGUCUGACCCGUUUCGCUGGUACUGCCUCUUUAAAGCACAACAACAUGCUUCGCUUUGGCUGCUGUUUUUCAUUCCAUAUGUAAAUGCUGGCCUCUAACUACUGUAAAUGGGAAAGGUUGUUUUGUGAGUCACAAACGACAUACUGUGCAAGAAGAGCGUCUCGUGAGUGCGUGAUCCGGCUGCACUGCUGUAAACAAUCAGGACUCGUGUUGCGCUGAUCGCUGCAUCGCUUCACGUGAGGUUCCAACGAGUCGUUCAGCAGAUGUAGGUCACACGUCCUCCUUUGGAAAACCACAGACGCAGGUGGAGCUCGCACCGCGUUUACUCACACGCUUGAAGAAUAGCUGCUUUGUCGAGGACCGGCCGGUCAGUUCACACUUCACAGGUCCCCAGUCUGACAGUGUGGAACCAGCAACAAACCGCUGACUGGCCAGUAACAAGGCCGCGGAGGCAGAAAAACAAAUGCAGCAGAAACCCAUGCCUGUUUUUUAUGCCUUCAACAGGUUUCCAGUCGUCCUCGCUGAGAGCUUACGCUUCUGAAGUUUGAGUCGUUCCCUCAGAUUCUUGCUUACUGUGUCUCAACACAGCAGUGUCUGUCGUAGUGUUUUUAGAUCCAGGGAGCGAUGCUGUCACCGUGGAGCAUUUUAGGAAUAAAGACUUUAGCAGCGCCUUCGAUGACAAGAGGUGCUGUUUCAAGCCUUGAGCCUUCAUUCAUGGUAGAACUAAUAUUUCAUUUUCUGCUCCAGUAAUGAUUAUACAGUAUGUUUGUUUGCUUGUUGCUUUAAAUUGUGUAUGUGUACUCUGAAUGCUAACUAAUAUACUUGGACCAGAACCAAGCUGUCACUGCUAUUAAAAGCACUGGAAGAAUAUCUCGUGUUCACAGCUACACAAACAUCCACCCACGAGCUACAGUACAAAUAUUACUCUGACUUUGAUUUGUCCUCCAGAGUCAGAUGUAUGUUGCUUUGACGUCUAAUAAAUUGACCUAACUAUG